AUGUCGCAGUCUGCGCUGGGCUUGGGCGGCGAGAGGCGCUACUCAGUGCCCUCAAACCCAAUGUUGCACGAUCCGCGAGGCAUGCACUCUGAGGAUCUACACGCCUGGUCUAUUUACAGGCAAAACUUAAAUUCGGAUUUUACUGACAGCGCUCUUGGUAGCACUGACAAAAGUCCUCUGCCAUAUGGAAACUUCCAGCUCCGUGAUACUACCGUUCAAUCUAUUUUAUCUCACCCUAGAUAUGGACCUAAAUCAGCUCUCGGUUCCAAUAUGUACACUUAUCUUAAAUUCGGACUACCUCGUGUAUUUCCGCCGAACCACAACGGCUCACAAAGAUCUGGAACACCGAAGCCAAAGACUUCUAUUGGAAGUGGAAUGAAAUCUGUCCCAAGGAUACAAAGACAGACACGUGGUGUGCGUGAAACGUCAUCUGGUUACGAUAGUUCGGACAAUGAAACGUCGACAAAUUAUAAAUACAAUCGUAAAUAUCGUUCCGAUCCUGACUUUAGGAUGCAAAAUCUUCACAACUCAUAUCAGCACGCUACAGGUGUUCCAUUAGUCGCAAUGCAACAGGCAGGCAUACGAGGGGAAUCCCAUUGGACUAAUUCUAGACAUAAAUCAAUCAGCGAAGCAAACUUAUUAGGAAUCGACUCAAAACCAAAUCGAUCAUAUACGAACAGACGGAACAGUGUCGCGGACUUUAUUCCAGACAACGACCAUCAGAGCUACCUCAUGCCAUCAUCUCAUCUCGGCGGAAGGAUGUCCAAAGCAGGAAGUCACAUGUCCCUAGCUCAGUCAAGGAAGCACUCGACAUUAAGACCUGGAGACCAUUUAGACGGAUACACACACUCCGCUUACAUUUAUCCUAAUUAUUAUGUAAACAGUUUAGAAAUAACGUCACCAGAAAAUAAAUCCACAUUACUCGUGUCUGGCCUAAGUUUUGAAGUAAAGUCUGGAGAAAUUCUAGCAGUUUUAGCCACUUCGCAGCAAGAAGCAACUGGUUUGCUGGAUGUUUUAGCGGGUGCUAGAAAGAAGCUAUCGGGUGACAUCGUGGUCAACGGGCAGGCGGUGUCGGCGCGCACGCUGCGGCGCGUGGCGGCGCACGUGCGCGCGGACGCGGCGCUGUGGCCCGCCAUGUCGGUGGAGCACACGCUGCGCUUCCACGCCGCGCUGCGGGGGCGCCACUCGCACGCGCAGCUCAAGAUGGACGACCGGGACCGGAUAAAUCUACUAAUAGAAGAGUUAGGGUUGGAGCAAGUUCGCGAUACGAAUGUGGAACGGUUAACCCGUUCUGAAAUCCGUCGGUUGAACGUCGCUUGCCAGCUAUUGCUCGACAUGGCGAUCCUAAUCCUCGACCAGCCCACUAAAGAUAUGGACAUCUUCGACACUUUCUUCCUGGUUGAGUAUUUAAGGAACUGGGCGAGUACAGGCCGCGUUGUUAUUAUGUCGAUACAUCCACCUACGUAUGAGAUAUUUGCUAUGCUUACUAAGGUAGUUUUAAUCUCAGCCGGUCGCACAAUGUUUAGUGGUUAUAGAAGAGACAUGUUGCCAUAUUUCGCUUCCAUUGAUUACCCUUGUCCUGCUUUCAAGAAUCCUUCUGAUUAUUAUCUGGACCUGGUGACGCUGGACGACCUAUCGGCGGCCGCGAUGCUGGAGUCGUCGGGGCGCAUCGAAGCGCUGGCCGGCGUGUUCGCGGGCGCGCAGCAGCCGCCCGAGCCGCCCGCGCCCGUGCCGCUGCCCGCGCCGGCCGUGCGGCCCGGCGUGCUCCUGCAGGUCUUCGCGCUCGUCGAAAAAAGUUUGGUGUACACGCAGAUGACAACACUAUCCAAUGUUAUCACUCGAAUAAUAAUUGCAGCAAUUAUGUCUCUUAUCACUGGCACGAUUUUCUGGGAUUUGCCUUCAACUGAUCCAAAGUUGACGCAGGGCGACCGCCUGGGCUACCACUACGCGGCGAUGUGCGUGUGCGCGUGGCCGGUGUGGCUGUGGGCGAGCGUGCGCGGAGCGGGCGCGGCGCGCGCCUGCGUGGAGCGGGACGUGGCCGCCGGCCUCUACUCGCGCGCGCUCUACGUGCUGUUCGACCAAUUUCUGGAAAUUUGGUCAGCAAUACUAACAUGGUUGGCGUAUUUAGUCCCGAGCUACGCUAUGAGCGGCUUGUACGCGCAGUCACUUGGAACUUUUGAUGGAUUCUAUAUCUAUUUAGGAUACAUGCUGUUAUAUCUAAUUAGCACACAGAUGCUGUGUCGAGCAGCGAUAUUUUUAAUACCAAUGGAAAAAACAGCGUCGAUACUGGCUGGUUUCUGUCUUCUACUCACUACCCUAGUCAACGGGGUAAUGUUACACCAACAAGAUUUGCCUUUUUAUGUAAAAUGGCUGGAAUAUGUGUCUCCUUCGAGGUGGACAUUACCGGAGAUACUGCGACGAGAGUUGAGUGAAAUCGCGCUAAAGAGCAGUAUUAGUAAAGAUUUAAGAUGCACUAAUAAACAGAGGCAGCACUUGGAGAUAAUAGUACAGUCACCUUGCCCACCACCCAACGGUACCCAAGUGUUAUCCAACUACGAUUACUUGAAAUCGGAUAAUAUAUGGGAAUGGACGGACGAUAGUUUUAUGAUAGCUUUGGCUAUUUUUUACGCAAUUUUCGCUCUAGUCGCCAUCUUUGCAUUCGUCUUUGACUGCACGAAAUAUGUCAAAACAAAGGAAAAGGCAUCUAGGAAAGGUCAUAAAGUAACUGUCAAUAGGCCUUAAUAAAGGUGCUCUUUUAGUAUAUUCUUUACGCCAUUUUCGGUGCUAAUUAAUCGUGUUAGUGAUUUAUUCGCUACUUGUUUAUAUAAGGCAUAUUUUUGGAGUAGUGUAAUAAGAUUAUGAAUAAGUGAAACAUUGUCAUAGUUUAAUAGUAUUUUUUUUUUAUGUAAAAUACUGAUUUUUUAUCUAUACAUAAAUUUGU